AUGAGAUACCUGGAGCUGGGAUGCAUAUCCAAAACAAACAAACUCUUCCAGAAGCUGCAGGACCUCAAUCCCCUGCUGAACAUCGAGAUCGAGGCAUACUCCUGCAAGUCGAGCAGGCGGCAGAGGGGUAGGUUUGUGGAAAAGCCCCUUGGAUACCUCCUGUCCGCGCUGGAGCUCCGGUUUCCAGACUACGACUUCUGCGGGGAGUCGUGGGGGUCGUUCAGGAGGAAGACUCUGGCAGAGGUCCUGAACGAGAUGACGUACUCGAUCAGUACGACACAUAAGAACAGCGACGAUGUGAAGGAGUUCGUGGGGUUUCUUGAGGUGAUUCUCCACAGGUCUGUCUCUCUGGGCGGGUGCGAGAUAUUUUCGUACGAAAACAGGAUGGGGCCGUUUGAGGACUGCCUCUGGUACUUUUCGUUCCUGUUCUUCAACAAGAAGCAGAGGAGGGUUGUGAUGCUCAAUGCAUUUAUGAGCAGGAGCUAG